GCCUGCGCGGACCCCGUGGCCGCGCCUGCUCCCGCCGGGGGCUCGUCGCUCGCCGGGCCGCGGCCAUGGGGGAGGCCGAGGUGGGCGGCGGGGGCGCCGCGGGCGACAAGGGCCCGGGAGAGGCGGCCACCAGCCCAGCGGAGGAGACGGUGGUGUGGAGCCCCGAGGUGGAGGUGUGCCUCUUCCACGCCAUGCUCGGCCACAAGCCCGUCGGUGUGAACCGACACUUCCACAUGAUUUGUAUCCGGGACAAGUUCAGCCAGAACAUCGGACGGCAGGUCCCAUCCAAGGUCAUCUGGGACCAUCUGAGCACUAUGUAUGACAUGCAGGCACUGCAUGAGUCCGAGAUUCUCCCUUUCCCAAACCCAGAGAGGAACUUCGUCCUUCCAGAAGAGAUCAUCCAAGAGGUCCGAGAAGGAAAAGUGAUUAUUGAGGAAGAAAUGAAAGAGGAGAUGAAGGAAGACGUGGACCCCCACAGCGGGGCUGAUGAUGUUUUUUUAUCUUCAGGGAGCUUGGGGAAAGCAGCAGAAAAAUCUAGCAAAGACAAAGAGAAGAACUCCUCAGACUCGGGGUGCAAAGAAGGGGCAGACAAGCGGAAGCGCAGCCGGGUCACGGACAAAGUCCUGACUGCAAACAGCAACCCCUCCAGCCCCAGUGCCGCCAAGCGGCGCCGAACAUAGACGCCUAUGCAGGCAGGGCCUGGGGCCGCCCCCAGCGCACAGCGACCUGUCCUGACGCUGCGCGCCCCACUGCCACCGGCUUCCCUGGAGUGGCCACCCAGCAGGGGCCUCGGGCCAGGCUCCGGUCAGACCGGCGGGGGCCUGGUGGACCCAGAAGACCAGGCUCCCCAGGCCAGCGGUUGAGGGCCUGAGUCUGCGCCCCGUCUCCUCUGGAGCACCCGUGGCCUCAGAUCCGCUCCACGUGUGCAGCGGCAUUCGGGAUCCAGGCCGCGAGGAGCGGGGUGGAGCCAGGAGAAGCCACCGGAUUAGCAAGCAAUACAAACACUGACCUCACUCUGUCCUCACAAGGAAACGCUCGUCUUCCCUGCGUGAUUGUCCUUUCCGUCUGUCUGUCCCUCUGUGAGCCUGUCUGCACUGACUCGGCAUCAGGAGGGCGUGGCCUUCCCGCCACCGCACGCGCCACAGCCUCUCUCCCCACCCGGGAAACUCAGAACCAGAUACUUUGCCUCAUUCACUCGUACUGUAAGGAUGUAUAUAAUUUGGUUGGUAUCUCGCUAUUUAAUUUUUAAGAAACCUAUUUUACUAGUGUUUUAUAUGAGAAAAAUACUGGAGAAGUUUAACCUGUGUCGUAUUUUCCUGAGAUGUUUUGUUUUAAGGUAAUGACUACUGAGAUACUUUUUGCUCAGUUUUUAUAUGCCAGAUACAGAGAAUUUGUAGCGGUUAUUUUUGUAUUACCUAGUGACAGCGGACAGGGCAGAUGGGUGGGUGGAGGGGAAGGUGCCGCCUUGGGCUGGCGAGAAGGCGCCCCAGAGCUGGUGGAGACAAAUACGCUUUCAUUUGCAGAACAUUAAAGCACAGAAAAAUCAA